AUUGCAUGUCUCAUGAUUUGGCCUUGUUUCUUGGUAAUUAUCUAGUGCAACUUUGCUUUGGGUUUCCCAUUUGGUCCCUAAGAAUGAUCCAAAGGUUCCAGGGAGUCAUUGGUUAGGCCUAGAUAGCCAUUUGCAUGACAAACUGUAAACAGAAAGCCUUCUGCGGAUCACACUUGAUAUAUAGCAGUUGCCUAGAAUUGACAUGGGCAUCAACUAAUAAUUUUAUACUAACAAAAUCACAUUCAAAAUACAGGAUAAUUGUCCAGCGUCUCAGAUCAAUGUAGUCGUUUUUUUUCCAAGUUUCCAUUACCAUGUAUCGUUAAUAGAAGGAUCAUUUUCCCAUAAAAGUGAUUUUCCUGGGUGUUCCCUAGUAAAUAAGAACUUGGAUAACCUCCAUCCCAAGCAACUCAGAAUAAAACUGAUUCUUCUUGGUCAAACUUAUGAGUUGAAUUCCUUAUUUUAGACUUAUCUGCAAUGAAAGUCAUGACCAACUUGAAUAAAAUACAGUAAAACAUAUAAUGACACCUGAACAGAACUUGUCUCCCACAAAGAACAGAAGAAAGCAGGCAUAAAGAGUUGAAAGUUUGGGAAAGGGAGAAUUGAGAAAGGAGAGAGGAAGCAUGAGUGACCAGGUGAGACACCAAAGAAUCAAAAUCAACGGUAUAUGGAUGCACAUAGCUGAGCAGGGGACAGGACCACUUGUACUGCUCCUUCAUGGUUUCCCACAAUUCUGGUAUUCAUGGCGUCAUCAGAUGGGUUGCUUGGCCAACAAAGGUUACCAUGUUGUUGCACCUGAUAUGAGAGGCUACGGUGAUACUGAUUCUCCUGUUAGUCCUACUUCCUAUACUGUUUUUCAUCUUGUUGGCGACAUCAUCGGCCUUAUCGACCAUUUUGGUGAACAAAAGGUGGUUGUGGUAGGAGCUGACUGGGGAGCUGUAGCUGCAUGGCAUCUCAGUCUGUUCAGGCCUGAUAGAGUUAAGGGUUUGGUAUGUCUUUGUGUUCCAUUCAAGUCCAGACACCCAGCCAAACCUACUGAAUUCUUCACACAAACUUUUGGAGAUGGCUUCUAUAUCACUCAGUUCCAGGAACCGGGAAGAGCAGAGAGGGCAUUUGCAAGAUAUGAUUAUCUGGCAGUGAUGAAGAAGUUCCUCCUGAUCAACAAGACAGAUCUACUAAUAGCUCCGCCCGGCAUGGAGAUUAUUGAUUAUCUGGAGACGCCAUCUCUGUUACCAACAUGGAUAACUGAAGAAGAGCUAGGGGUCUAUGCGGACAAAUUUCAGGAGUCUGGGUUCACCGGUGGUCUCAACUACUAUCGUGCUAUGGACCUGAGUUGGGAGCUUCUUGCACCGUGGCAAGGAUCAAAAAUCACAAUUCCAUCCAAGUUGAUAUUUGGUGACAAAGAUAUUGGUUUUAAAGACGGUGGUACAAAGGAAUACAUAGAAGGAAAUACCUUCAAGACACUUGUUCCCGACCAUGAAGUCGUUAUUCUUGAUGGCCACCAUUUCAUCCAAGAAGAGAAACCUCAACAGGUCUCUGCUGAAAUUCUGUCCUUCCUCGCUAAAUUUUCUUGUGAUUAGUGAAUCUUCCUCGCAUUUGAAUCUGGUUUGUAAUUUUCCUGUUUAUCAUGUAUGAUCUUGGACUUACACCGUCAUCCAUGCGGCUAGUGUCUGUGCUUAUUAUAUAAUAAUUCAGUCCAAUUUUUUUUGCUGUAAAAA